AGGUCCUGGCCGGGCCCCGCCGGCGGCCGCCGCGAUGAGCAACAACCAGCAGCCCCCGCCGCCGCGGCGGGUCACCAACGUGGGCUCCAUGCUGCUCACCCCGCAAGAGAACGAGAGCCUCUUCGGCUUCCUCGGCAAGAAAUGCGUGACAAUGUGUUCUGCAGUUAUUCAGAUUUAUGCAGCAGAUCGCAAUGCCAUGUGGUCAAAGAAGUGCUGUGGUGUAGCUUGCCUUGUAAAGGACAAUCCACAAAGGUCUUAUUUUAUUAGAAUAUAUGAUAUCAAGGAUGGAAAACAAUUGUGGGAACAAGAAUUGUAUAAUAACUUUGUAUAUAAUAGUCCUAGAACAUAUUUUCAUACCUUUGCUGGAGACGCAUGUCAGGUGGGUCUUAAUUUUGCUAAUGAAGAAGAAGCUAAAAAAUUCCAAAAGGCAUUAACAGACUUGCUUGGACGACGGCAACGAAAAUCUGAGAAAAGGAGAGAUCUACCAAAUGGUCCAAGCCUACCAAUGGCAACUGUUGACAUCAAAAAUCCAGAAAUUACUACUAAUAGAUUUUAUGGUUCACAAGUCAACAAUAUCUCAUAUACCAAAGAAAAGAAAAAAGGAAAAGCAAAAAAGAAGAGACUGACAAAAGCAGACAUUGGAACUCCAAGCAACUUCCAACACAUUGGACACGUUGGCUGGGAUCCAAACACAGGUUUUGAUGUUAACAAUUUGGAUCCAGAGUUGAAAAACCUCUUUGAUAUGUGUGGAAUUUCAGAGGCUCAGCUGAAAGACAAAGAAACAUCCAAGGUUAUAUAUGAUUUUAUUGAAAAAACAGGAGGAGUGGAAGCCGUUAAAAAUGAGUUACGUAGACAAGCUCCUCCACCACCUCCGCCCUCUCGGGGCGGUCCCCCUCCCCCUCCUCCUCCACCACCACAUAGCUCAGGGCCACCUCCUCCUCCUGCCCGGGGAAGAGGAGCUCCCCCUCCCCCUCCUUCAAGAGCUCCAACAGCAGCACCACCUCCCCCACCUCCUUCUAGACCUGGUGCUGCUGCGCCCCCUCCUCCGCCAAAUAGGAUGUAUCCUCCCCCUCCUCCAGUUCAUUCUUCCUCUGCACCUUCAGGCCCACCUCCACCCCCUCCACCACCAUCAGGUGGUUCUGUGCCUCCACCCCCGCCUCCACCCCCUCCCCCUCCCGGUCCUCCUCCCCCACCUGGUCUUCCAGUAGAGGUUGACCAUCAACUUCCAGCUCCUUCAGGAAAUAAAGCAGCUCUCUUAGAUCAGAUCAGAGAAGGUGCCCAAUUAAAAAAAGUAGAACAAAACAGCCGUCCAGUCUCCUGCUCGGGAAGAGAUGCACUACUUGAUCAGAUACGACAGGGUAUACAGUUGAAGUCUGUGAAUGAUGGCCAAGAGACUGCACCACCUACGGCUGCACCAACCUCGGGUAUUGUGGGAGCACUAAUGGAAGUUAUGCAGAAAAGGAGCAAAGCCAUUCAUUCUUCAGAUGAAGAUGAGGAUGAAGAAGAUGAAGAAGACUUUGAAGAUGAUGAUGAAUGGGAUGACUGAUCAAUAUAUUAUAUCAUAUAUAUAUAUUUUUAAGGUGAAAUACUAAACUACUUUCUGUCUAUGGAUUCUGUAAAAUUAUCAUGUAAAUGUUCUACCUAUUUGCUGUAUAUUUUUGUUGCCUUUUGCUUUUUUUAUUAAUCUGUGCAAUACCUCAUUUAAUCUGUAAAUGUUUGUCAUAAUCCUAUACAAAGUUACUCCCUACCUAAUGUGUACAAGUUUACAUCAGGUUGCUCAAUGUACAUGUGAAUACUUUCCAUUCCAUCAAUAAGGGAGUUUUAAUGUAAUAUGCGAAAUUGACAAACACACCUUAAAUGUAUUUAGUUAUAAUGCAAGAAGGAAAACACUAUUUUCAUACCCUACUUUUUCUGUAUCUAAAUUUUCUUAUUAAAACCUAGUAUAACACUACAUUCUUUAAGCAAUGCAGUUCCUAGUUUUAGUCCCUUCAUCUUGGAAACUAUGCUAUAUGGAUGAGGCUGAUAAAACAAAGAACAUUUUCACUUCCUGACACUACAGUUCAAAUUUAGCAUUUAAGCUAUGCAUAAAACACUCACUACAAAAAUUAAGCAGUUAUGGAAAUUUCCCCUGAUUCUAGAGCAGUGUUGCCUGCUUUUUGGAGAGCGUUGAGAACUGACUACUGAAUCUAGAAACAUCCCAGUUGGUCGCAUUUUUGGAUGUAAACGACCUUUGUGAUUUUUGCCAGCUACCUUUCGCUGUGAAGAGAGGAGUCUACGUUUCUGGCAACUGCUGCAGUCAUUAUUUAUUUUUAUAUAAUGAUUUUUUUUACUGAAGGGCUGUGGUUAAUGCUUGUUCUGAUCAAUAAUAGAUUUAAAUUUUAAAAUGUGUAGGUCAUUGGUAUACUAAUAAAUGGAUUUAAGUGGUGUAACUCUGCAGUCUAUGGAUUAUGGUACAAACCUACACAAUUAGGCACCAGGUCCUACAUUUAAAAAAUAAAAAAGCAUUUAAUCAGGGAUAGGUGCCUUAAGUACAUGCUUUUUCUAACUGUGAUAGGCUUCCCCUAAGGUGAUGGGAGCAGUUAGUAGGAGAGAGGAAUGGCAGAAGCAUGAGUUCCUCACUUCAUUGCCUCUUCCCUCAACCUAGGCUUCUGUAUUUCUUUUGGCCAGGUAGUUGAGAGUGGGUGACUUCUCUGCUCAUCAACCUGUUUGUGUUGACAGUGCUGAAGUCCAGUUCAAUAUUCAACACAGGCUUCCCUAUGGCUCCUCAAGCUUUGUAGGUCAGUGCUCUGCUUCCUCUUGACUCUAAAUCUCUAGACCAUGAAACGAGAGUGGGCAGAGUUAAUUGAACUGCCUUUUGCCUUUUGGGAGAGGCUCCUACAGAGUUUGUGAGCCACUGCUUUUUUAUAUGUACCGAACUUGCAUAUUGCAAUGUUCGAUUUGUCUUGUGUUUAGAGAUAAUACCAAGGGAUAUGAUCUUAAAAGAUGGAAGGCCCUAUGCUUGGAAUUGCAUUCCAAUACAUGAUGGGAAAAUGCGUUCUCAUCUUAAUUUUCAUCUUUACUAAUACUAAAUAUUUGGAGUAUCUGCCUAUUUUUCAUGCAGUACUGCAUUUAAGAUAGACAUUGUCAAUGCUAAUACUGUACUUGCAGCAAGACAACACUUAGAUAAAAAAAACAUUAGAAAUAUCACUUGUCACACUGAUGCAAAAUGUUUCAAGUGAGACAUAUUUGGAGUACAAUUAACACAUGCUUCCUUUCUCUUUCUUUUUUUUUUCUUCUUACUCUAUUCAUGGUAUAUUGGAUAGAAUUGUAUUUACUGAAAUCCAGUGUUGGCCUGAUCUUGACAGGCGGGACCUGCAUGAUAUGGCUUUGAUAUCUAGUGCAGUUAUAAUGUAUGUCAAGCAUUUUUAAUUGCAUAAGGAGAACAGGAUCUAAAAGGUUAUGUUGAUGAAAGAGAGUGUGGUAAAGCAGAAGCUAAAUUAUUCAGAAGAGAAUCUUUUUUCUUCUUCUUUUAAGCAGAUGACAUGGGAUGGGAGAUUUUCAAAGUAUCUUUCUCCUUCACAGCACGGCCUGCUGCCAGAAAGACUUUCAACUAGCAUUGCUGCUAGUAUGGCUUGAGGACUUUGAGCAGUGUGGCGGAAGCCUGAGUAAAUGCUAUAUAGAGGGAUUAAGAAUGUGUGCACAUGGGAGGGGGAUAUUAAUGGCCUUCGGUACAGUUUUUAGUGUUGUCUCUGUAGUUCUGAUAUCAUAAAGGGCAUUUUUAAAGUGGAUACUGCUCAGGUGGCCUCCAAAGAUGUUACUUUAUAUGCAUAAAUUAAGCACAUACUUCUGGAGUUGAGAGAAUUCGGGAAGAUUUAAUAUUUUUGGGAUACUUGUGUAAUCCAUUAAUCACUUGCCCAACAGGCUUUUGUUCGUUUGUUUUUUCCUAUAGAAAGUGUAUCCCCAUAAUUGCACAAGAGUUCAAAUGUUUUGCUUUCAAUAGCCUAUUGUAUGGUUUUAAUUUAAGGCAUGACUGCAGUUGCAAUAAGGCUAAAAAAUCACAGCUGCAUGUUUCGCAUUCUCCUGCUUCCAUUGUGGGCAGGAGGUGGUGUUUCAUGUCAUUGAAUCACUACUGCUCACUGUUGUAACAAGGCAGCCUCAUGCACCUGUUAAAUUGACUGCCCAAGUAGCCUUGGCAAUUAGCAAAUGAGCAUGAGGACUAUAUCUCAACACUACGCUUAGACAAUAUCAGCUAGCCGCUUGUACUCUGAAAACAUCUCAAUCGUUCAGUUUUCCAUUUCAACAAAUUGAAAUUCUUGGUAUGUGAAUUUUCGUUUUGGCUCUUUCUUCCUUUCUUUCUGAAAUGUACAGUGAAUAGGAUGUUGCACUGGUGGCAAUUCAUCACGGAGCAUAAUAAAAUUAAUUUGACUCGG